AACGUGAUUUUAUGAGGCAAGGUUCAGUCCAGUUGUUCAACUCGUGUGCUGCCAUGCGUUGUGUCUGCUUUGUUCCUUGUUAUUUUUUUUUUAUCUCACUGCUGCAUUGGUGAUAACUGCGAUCGGCGCAUUUGACAUUUCCUCUACUCCAUCCUGUAAUUUAAUUAAAGUUGGCAGUUGUGGUCUUGGCUACGCUACACCCUGUCAAAAUUGGGAAAUGACAGCUGUGUGUGUGGGCAGAUGACUUAAGACUGAGGUUUAACACAGCUGGUCUCCUGGAAUCAGUGCAAGACGCAAGGAAUGUAUCGGAUAUCUAACAUGGAGGAAAAGAGGGUGGUCUGAGAAUGACAAAGUGAUGAUACAAAAAAAGCUACUUUGUAACAAUGUCUGCCGUCGCGGUUUAACAAACAAAACGGGUUUCUAGUGGGGAAAGGUUACAGCCUGACCAAAGUACAGAGCUCGAUCACAAGGUAUUCAGACAACCGCCUCGGGUAUCUUUUUUUUUAGUCCGUACGCUUGCAUAACUUCUGUUAAAUGUACACGACGUAAGUCACUGGCUAGGCUACAAAGCAUAAUGUGGUACUUUUGCGAUAUCUUUGGACGAUUCUGGCAUUCGCAUUUAAUUUUAUUGAAUUUACUAGGGUUUUUCAUAGCACCUGUAAUCUCACACCCUCAAUGUUUGGAUUUCAAGCCUCCUUUCCGUCCUCAAGAAGAGCUCCAGUUUUGCGUAAUGUAUAAACGUUUUGGUUGCUGUGAUUCUGCAAAGGACCAGGAGCUGAUGGCGAAAUAUUACAAGAUCAUGGAUAAUUUUGACUAUUAUGGAUAUGCUAAUUGCGCAGCGUACGUGCAAGACCUGCUAUGCCAGGAAUGCUCGCCCUACGCAGCACACCUGUUCGAUGCUGAAGACCCCAGCACACCAAUCAGGACCAUCCCAGGCUUGUGCCCGGACUACUGCUCCGCUUUCCUGGACAGGUGCAAGUCCACCAUACCCCUGUUCUCCGACGACCCGCGCUUGGCCGAACUGCAGCAUGACAAGACCCAGCUGUGUCAGUACCUGGAGCUGGACGACCCAGACUACUGUUACCCUCACCUGCAGAGCAACGAUCACCUGACCAAAAACCUGGGCCACGUGUCCGAAGACCCAGAAGGCUGCCUGCAGCUGUGCCUGGAGGAAGUGGCCAACGGGCUACGCAACCCUCUGGCCAUGGUGCACGCCAACGAUGGCACCCACCGGCUCUUUGUGGCCGAGCAGGUUGGCGUGGUGUGGGUGUACCUGCCAGACCGCUCCAGAUUGGAGAAGCCCUUCCUGAACAUCUCAGAGUCUGUGCUGACCUCCCACUGGGAGGGGGAUGAGCGUGGGUUUCUGGGCCUCACCUUACACCCUGACUUCAAGUACAAUGGCAAGCUGUAUGUGUACUACUCCGUGGAGAUGGGCUUCGAUGAGAGGAUAAGAAUCAGCGAGUUCCGCCUCUCAGCUGCUGACAUGAACGUUGUCGACCACACUUCAGAGAGGGUUAUACUAGAGAUUGAUGAACCAGCAUCUAACCACAAUGGCGGCCAAGUCCUGUUUGCUGAUGAUGGGUAUUUGUACAUCUUCACAGGUGAUGGUGGGAUGGCAGGGGAUCCCUUUGGGUUGUUUGGCAACUCUCAAAACAAGUCUGCUCUAUUGGGCAAGGUUCUCCGCAUCGAUGUUAAUGAUAAUGAGAAGGGGCCACUGUACAGGAUUCCCCCAGACAACCCAUUUGUGCACGAGAGAGGGGCCCGACCAGAGGUUUUUGCUUACGGGGCGCGGAACAUGUGGAGGUGUUCGGUGGACAGGGGGGACCCCCUUACGAGGGAAGGCAAGGGCAGGAUAUUCUGCGGGGACGUGGGGCAGAACAAGUACGAGGAGAUCGACAUCGUGGAGAAGGGGAGGAACUACGGAUGGCGGGCAAAAGAAGGCUUCUCUUGUUAUGACAAGAAGCUCUGUGCCAACAGCUCCUUAGAUGACGUCUUGCCCAUUUAUGCCUACCCACAUAAAAUGGGUAAAUCAGUGACCGGUGGAUAUGUCUACAGAGGGUGUGAAUACCCCAACCUCAAUGGCAUGUACAUAUUCGGAGACUUCAUGAGUGGGCGCCUGAUGAGUUUAAAAGAGAAUAAACACACUCGGCAGUGGGACUACAAGGAGAUCUGUAUGGGCACAGGCCUCACCUGUGCCUUCCCAGGACUGAUCAAUAACUACCACCCAUACAUCAUCUCCUUCGCUGAGGAUGAGGCGGGGGAACUUUAUUUCUUGUCCACUGAGAUACCCAGUGCCACCUCUCCCUCCGGUGUUGUGUACAAAGUGGUCGACCCUUCAAGACGUGCACCUCCAAAAGCCUGUCAUUACGACCCACUACCUGUCAAGGUCAAGAGCAAAACCAUAAAAUUCCACCCAAAGGAAUCAUUAAUUGGCAUUGAAUUACCAAACGCGCGGCAGGAAAUACUAGACACCGACGACUGGCUGCAGGAACUCCUACACCUGCUGGAAGAGCCUGGGUUAGCAACCACCCCUAAGCCAACCACCACCACUAGGGCUCCCAGGCCGAGCAAACCCCGCAAGGGUCGGCGCAGAAAACAGGGCCGGCACCGGUCCGAAGCUGCCCACCAGAACGGAGCCGUGCGAUUGGCUGGAGACGACAUGGGCCGUGCCGAUCGGGGACGGGUGGAGAUCUUUGCCAAUGGCGAGUGGGGGACAGUGUGUGACGACCUGUGGAACAUUAAGAACGCAGAAGUGGUGUGUCGCCAGCUGGGCUACCGACACGCACUGAGGGCCUCCAAGGCUGCUGAGUUUGGCGAGGGAAGCCACCUGAGGAUCGUCUUGGACGACGUGCAGUGCCAGGGAACAGAGGCCACCCUGCUGGACUGCCAACAUGCAGGCGUGGGCAGCAGCAACUGCGUGCAUUAUGAGGAUGCGGGGGUGAUAUGCGGCAACUCCCUUGACACAGGACACUAAACGUUAUUGGACCACAGCAUACAGAGAUGGGAUCCACUAGUCUGAGAAACAGAGAAAAAUUCAACCUCAAUGGUUUUCCCAGGAAUGUUCAUGCUUAGGACUACCUCCUCUGUCACCAACACGCAAAUUCAAAAGCAGCUGUGUAGUUGUACCCAUUUUACUUCGCUCGAUGACCUUAAUUGACCUGAUCAUGUUAAUAAAUGCCUUUGUAUUCAGUUCAAAUAAAUGAAAUGAGAAAGGAAAUGGA